AAAAAAAAAAAAAAAAAAAUGUGUUAAACCGAGUUCAGCAAGUAUUUGAACUUUGGUUAACUAGAGUUAACCGCGAAUUGUGAAACCAGGCCUAAGAUCAAUAAGUUGAACGCACUCUUAUUUAUCGACUACUGCUUGAGCGCUGGAAUGUUUGUUAUCGAAUUACUGUGUGUAAGAAUGAGAUACUUUUAGAACGGGAGUUACGUACAAUUUCUCGUAAAAAAAAAUUCGUUGAUGUUAAUUGUACUUUUUUGCACGCACGUUACUUGAGCGAUGUCAGUGUCGGAACCAGUGGCGAUUGUACAGUCAAAAUUUGUUUCGGGUGAAACCGUCGUAACUGCUACAGAAGCGUCGUUGAUACAAGGAUGGAUCAAAUCUUCGAGAUACGUAGCGCUUAUUUGCAAAGGUGCUACUCAUGCUUUAGCCAUUUUUCUCACUUCCAAGAUACCUCCGCGAGUCUACAGCGAUCUUACUCUGGAAGGAAUUUUACCUAUCGAUCAAGAUUUCAAAUGUGGUAUAGAUACUAACGGAGGUGGAAUCAAGGAUGACAAUAAAGAUGGUCUCGACGUAUACAUGAAUAUUACAUCCAGAAAACUUCGUCUUAUAUUCGAAAUGAAACUCGGGGAAGCGACCAGUUCCUUGGUAUCAGAAAUAUUUCGCGCGAUAGAAGUGUAUCAGACAGCUAAAAACUCGGCAAUUGAGUUUGCUUGGAUAGAAAAACUAACGAGAAGUGUGAGAAGUUUGACCGAUGCAGAGGAUGUUGUUGAUCCUUUGCUCGAGAGUCCUGAUUUAGGAAUACCGAGACGAAGCAUCGCUUCGGGCGGUAAAUCGCCUGUAGCUGCGAGAGAAUCAGUGGUGCGCUAUCAAAUGGCUUGUAAAGAGGACGAUUAUACGUACACUAAAACUUUUCGUAUACUCGCUUGCACAUGGAACGUAAACGGCAGGCCGCCUAAUGGUAUCAAAUUGGACAAGUGGUUAAGUGCUGACAAAACACCACCGGACAUAUAUGCCAUCGGAUUCCAAGAAUUGGAUCUGAGCAAGGAAGCGUUCCUCUUUCACGAGACACCUCGAGAGGAAGAAUGGAGACAAGUUGUGGUCGAUUCACUUCAUCCUGGUGGUGUCUAUGCUCAAGUCGCUCUCGUUAGACUUGUCGGCAUAAUGUUGUUAGUAUACGCGCUCGACGCUCACACACCCUUCAUUGAAAACGUAUGUACAGAUACAGUGGGAACAGGUAUUAUGGGAAAGUUGGGUAACAAAGGUGGUGUUGCGGUAAGUUGUUGCAUUCAUAAUACAUCCGUUUGUUUCGUUAAUGCUCAUUUAGCUGCGCACUGCGAAGAAUACGAACGACGCAAUCAGGAUUACGCUGAUAUUUGCACGAGAUUGUCGUUUGCAAAAUAUGUGCCGCCCAAGAGUUUCAAAGAUCACGAUCAGAUUUAUUGGUUGGGAGACUUGAAUUAUCGAAUUACGGAUAUGGACGCUGCGGUGGCUAAGCGAUACAUUUCUGAAGGCAAUUACACUCCCGUUUUGGCACUUGAUCAGCUCGGACAACAACGUAAGGCAGGACGUGUGUUUCAGGGGUUUCGAGAGGCCGAAAUUAUUUUCAAGCCUACGUACAAGUACGAUCCGGGUACUGAUAACUGGGAUUCCAGUGAGAAAUGUCGAGCUCCCGCUUGGUGCGAUCGGGUAUUGUGGAAAGGUGACGCUGUUCAAGCGAUUGCUUACAAAAGUUGUCCAGAACUUAAGAUAUCCGAUCACAAACCGGUUAGUGCGAGCUUCGAUUCUCAGAUACGAAUUAUAGACACGGCUAAAUAUCGCAAGAUUCACGAAGAAGUAAUGAAGAAAUUGGAUAAAUUGGAAAAUGAAUUCUUGCCUCAAGUAAUGGUCGAUACUACGGAUAUUAUUUUUGACGUUUUAAAGUUUCUCGAACCUACCGCUAAGGAACUUAUUAUCGCCAAUACAGGCCAAGUACCUGUGCAAUUUGAAUUUAUUAAGAAAUUGGACGAUACCAGCUACUGCAAGGAUUGGUUGCAUAUAGAACCCUAUAUGGGUUUCAUAAAACCAGGUGAAAAGUGUGAUAUCAACCUGGAAGUGUACGUGGAUAAAAAGACUGCCUGUAAAUUCAACUCCGGUGAGGAUAAAUUGUACGAUAUCUUGGUCUUGCAUCUCGAAGGAGGAAAGGAUAUUUUUAUUACAGUAACAGGUAGCUAUGAAAGAAGCUGUUUUGGUUCUUCUAUGGAAGCGUUGGCUCAUAUUCCGCUACCGAUUAGGGAAAUCCCUAUCGGGCGAUUGGUGGAAUUGGAGAGUAACAAAAAUUUGUCGCAAGAACCGUAUCCAAUACCGAAGGAAAUCUGGUAUCUAGUGGACAAGCUCUAUCGACACGGUAUCAAGACUCCGGGACUUUUUGAAACACCAGGACUACACAACGAGAUAAUAGCUAUUCGAGACUGGUUGGACGAAUGGAGUCAAGAUUCGAUGCCCGGUAGUGUGCAUUCGGUGGCAGAGGCGUUGCUCUUGCUUUUGGAGUCCACGUCUGAACCCUUGAUACCGUAUAAUUUGCAUAAUAUUUGUCUAUCCGCGGCGACUAAUUAUUUGCAGUGCAAACAGAUCGUAAUGCAGCUGCCCGAAAUUAGAAGAACAGUCUUUCUUUAUAUCAGUUCGUUCUUGCAGGAGUUGUUGAAUCAUACACAGGAUAAUGAACUAGAUGCCAAGACGCUCGCAACGUUAUUCGGAUCGAUAUUUUUACGAGAUCCGCCCAGAAGUAGAGAUUAUCGUCAGCAGCAAAGAAGUCGCGCAACUCAAAUUAUGUUCGAUAAGAAGAAAGCUGCGUUUGUUUAUCAUUUCUUAGUUAAUGACCAAAGUGAUUUUAUGGGUCGAUAAUGUGUGAAUCACGAUUAUUGAUUUUAACCAAAAUAUACAGUAUUACAAGUUUUUCCGUAUAGAGCUUCGCAAAAAUAACCGAUACUUUAUACAUAUAUAAAAACUGUAAAAUAAGACAUGUGUUUGUUGUAUUAGUUAUUCUUUGUAAUCAGGAGAAGAGAGAAUGUGUAUACUACUUUAAAAACAAUUUUUGUAUAUAUAGCAUAUAUUUAUAUAUAAUUUUUUGUACAUAGCGUAUUUCUGAAAAAAUAUUUACAUAUAUUUAUAAUUUAUUAUAUGACGCAUAUCUGUUACCGAUGAAUAUCACUCAAGUGGGAAAGUCAAAUGUAUUUAAAAAAUAAAUAAAAUUGUGUUUGUAUAUA